CGCGCAGCGCGCGCGUGGUUCUAUCUACAUAAACAUAAACUUUCGACGGUCCGCGCCGAUGUUUUCGAACGGCGCUGGACCCCUUCCUUGGUGCGCGCCCGACGCCGAGUUUCCAUGCUACUGCUUGUUCCCCGAGCCCCUGCCCGCCAUGUGAGGGCCCUCGUCGUCGUCCUCGUCCUCGUCCUCGUCCUCGUCCUCGUCGUCGUCGUCGUCCUCCUUCUCCUCGUCGUCUUUGUGCCUCGCCUACGCCGCUCGCCCGCUCUCUUCUUCCGGCGGCCCGCUCUGCCCCUCCCGCCGGGCGGCGCCGCGCCAUGGCGGAGCCUGCGGGCCAGGCGUGACGGGCUCGCGCGGGCACCCGCGGGGUGCACGCGUGGACGUGGCGCUCGCUCGCCCGCCCCGCUGCGGGAUGGCGGGGCCGGAGCUGGUGUCGUCCAGCGAGGAGGACCCGACCUCGCCGGGGCUCCCCCCGGCGCGGGGCGGCGGUGGCCGCCGCGGCGCCUCGCCGUGGUGGCCGCCGCGGCGCUGGCGGGGCUGCUGGUGGCGGCCGCCGGCCGUGGUUCCGCGGCUGCGCCGUGGGCGGCUGCCGGCGCCCACGGGGGCGUGGCGCGAGGGGAGGCGGAGCCCAGCGCCAUGCCAUGGGGGAGGCGCCCGCCGCAGAGCAAGCAGGGGCACCGGUGGCAAGCGCCGCCGGUCGUCGUGCCGCCCGCCGCGGCAGCUGGGACGCCGCAGGAUGCGCGGGGGCCCUCCCGCGUCGGCGUGGGCCCCCCCACAGACCUCCUCGCGUUGCGAGAGGAUAUCGGGGCGGGAGGUGUUUCAGCAUUGUCGGCCUCUGGGGACCCUCAUCGGGCCUCGGCACCGCCAAAUCAGCCUGGCGAAGGGCCCGUUGUGUGAGUACCUGAAUUUUUGAAUAUCUUUUUCGGUGGUCUGGGCUGGCCGCCCAGCGCCUCGAGGCGAUCGUGGCAGCCAGCUGUUCUUAGUCGCAGGCCUCUCGGGGCCUGUUCGGGGCUCCCGGGGACCGGCGGAUUUGUCGCGUUGCGUGCCGAGUGGUACACCUCCACCGCGGCCGCAACACCUCUUCUGCCACGAUGACUCUGCUGCCAUCGGUCCGCCAAAAGGGGGGCGGAAUGGAG